CUGUGGAAGCCAAGACUUCAGGCACGUGGACUGCAGACCACGUACAGGCAGUGUGUCCAUCAUGGCCUCAGCUUCUACGCCUAAAUAUAUUUCCAACUCCCUGGAGAACGACUCAAUUAAAAGGGCCUCAAGAGAUGGAAUUAAUCGGGAACUCGGUGAAGAAAUUCCCCGACUACCAGGGGAAACUCGAAUUACAGACAAAGAAGUUAUUUAUAUAUGUCCUUUCAAUGGUCCCAUUAAGGGAAAGCUAUACAUUACGAAUUACCGGCUAUAUUUAAGAAGUUUGGAAAUGGAUCCUCCUGUAAUACUGGAUGUUCCUUUGGGAGUAAUUGCAAGAAUUGAAAAAAUGGGAGGAGCUUCAAGUAGAGGAGAGAAUUCCUAUGGACUAGAUAUUACUUGUAAAGAUAUGAGAAAUCUGAGGUUUGCCUUAAAGCAGGAAGGUCACAGCAGAAGGGAUAUAUUUGAAAUCUUCACAAAACAUGCCUUUCCACAGUCACAUAAUUUGGUAUUUUUUGCAGUUCUAAAUGAAGAAAAGUUUUCCAAAAAUGGUUGGCUGGUCUAUAACCCAAUGGAAGAAUAUAGGAGGCAGGGAUUGCCCAAUGAUCAGUGGAGGAUAACAUUUAUUAAUAAACGCUAUGAAUUGUGUGAUACCUAUCCAUCCCUUUUGGUGGUUCCGUAUAAUUCCACAGAUGACGAUCUCAGGAAGGUCUCUUCUUUUAGAUCCAGGAGUAGGAUUCCGGUACUGUCUUGGAUUCAUCCAGAAAACAAGACUGUUAUCAUGCGCAGUAGUCAGCCUCUCGUUGGUAUGAGUGGGAAACGAAAUAAAGAUGACGAAAAGUAUCUCGAUGUUAUCAGGGAAGCUAACGGGCAGAUUUCUAAACUGACCAUCUAUGAUGCAAGGCCCAAUGUGAACGCAGUGGCCAACAAGGCAACAGGGGGAGGAUAUGAAAGUGAUGAUGCAUAUCACAAUGCAGAACUUUUCUUCCUGGAUAUUCAAAAUAUUCAUGUAAUGAGAGAAUCUUUAAGAAAAUUGAAGGACAUUGUGUAUCCUAAUGUGGAAGAAUCUCAUUGGUUAUCCAGUCUGGAAUCAACUCACUGGUUAGAACACAUCAAGCUUGUCUUGACGGGAGCUAUUCAAGUAGCAGAUAAAGUAUCCUCAGGGAAAAGCUCGGUAUUGGUCCACUGUAGCGAUGGAUGGGACAGAACGGCCCAACUGACAUCCUUAGCCAUGUUGAUGUUAGACAGCUACUACCGAACAAUUGAAGGAUUUGAAGUAUUGGUUCAAAAAGAAUGGAUAAGCUUUGGACACAAAUUUUCGUCUAGGAUAGGGCACGGUGAUAAAAACCAUGCUGAUGCCGACCGAUCUCCCAUUUUUCUUCAGUUUAUUGAUUGCGUUUGGCAAAUGUCUAAACAGUUUCCUACAGCUUUUGAAUUCAAUGAACAGUUCCUGAUUACAAUCCUGGAUCAUUUGUACAGUUGCCGGUUUGGCACUUUCUUAUACAAUUGUGAAUCUGCUCGAGAAAAAGAAAAACUUACGGAGAGAAGCUCCUCAUUAUGGUCAUUGACAAACAGUGAAAAAGGAAAGUACUCAAAUCCCUUUUAUACUAAGGAACUGAAUCGAGUUCUCUAUCCAGUUGCAAGUAUGCGUCACUUGGAACUUUGGGUGAAUUAUUACAUUAGAUGGAAUCCAAGAAUUAGGCAACAACAGCCAAAUGCAGUGGAGCAGCGUUACAUGGAGCUCUUAGCCUUACGUGACGAAUAUAUAAGGAGACUUGAAGAACUACAGAUCACCAACUCUUCCAAGAUUUCUAAUUCAUCGUCACCCUCAUCAUCUUCACAAAUGAUGCCCCAUUUACAAACUCACUUUUGAAAGAAAAAAAUUGGAGUUGUUCUUUAGAACUCCGCAACCCCCUAUGUGCAUUUUACAUCAAACUUUAAAAGAAAAUGGACUAUUUGAAUUCCAUGUUGCACAUGUGUUAAAAAGUUUUGGGAUUAUUUUUUGCCUUCACAUGGAAAUGAACUGAAGAUAUCUGUACUUCUGAAUAUGUGCCUUUCAUGUUUGAGUGAGAUACAUUAUCCAAUUGAUUAGGAGAAGAAAAUAGUCUUAGCAGGUAUUUUAGAAAACCCUGACUAAAAGUGCUUAUUUAAUAUUUUUCUAAUUCUGAAAGUUUUUUAAAACUUUAGAAAUGGUAUGGAUGUUAUUUGUAUUCAUGUUAAUAAAACUAACAGCAUUUUGAACUGACAUUAACAAAAUAUUCAAAAGCUGAUUUUUUUCUUGAUUUGAUGCAGCUCAAGUUUAUUUUUAAAAAGCUGUCUAAAAUUAAUGCAGAGGUGAGAGUUGAUGAUUCGUUAGUGCCAAUUUAAUGUUUUAAAUGGUAAGCGUGCAUAGAUAUGUAUCCUAAAAAUGCUUAAAUAAUGGUCAAUUUCUCUACCAUUACAAAUGAUUAAUUCACUAAAGUUGGUCUUUUUGAAAUUAAGUUUUUUCCUCAAAUAUAUUUGAGGUGUAUAUUUUUAUAUUAAAAAAUUGAAAGCACUCAGA